AUGUCUUCUUUGGAUUUGAUACUGUUUUUUCUGAGCAGGGUCUUUUGUAGUCCCUUCGCCGUAUUCUUUCAGAUCCAGGUUUUUGCGUGGCAAAUCAAUGUGAACUUGUUGCUCUUCAUUCAGUGUCUCUGUGCCAGAGUUUUUGUGCUUGGUCAUGGUUUCUUUUGGCUCUGGGAGAGAAUUAGAACAUGGCAUAAGAACCUGAAUUUUAUGUUUGCUCUGCAGGGUUGUAUAAUUUGCUUAACACUUGCUCUUGGGUGGGCCUGUGCUGCUUAUGUGAGGAACAGAGAGAUCAAACAAAUGAAGGGUUGUAUGAAGAAUGGCAAUAGCUUUUCUUUCCUUUCUCACGACAUUAACGAACUUGAGCACUCCUAUCAGGUCAAUCUUCCAAGAGUAACAGUGAUUAUGCCCCUAAAAGGGUUUGGAGAACAUAAUCUCCAUAACUGGAGGAGUCAGAUAACAUCUUUAUAUGGUGGCCCUAUAGAAUUUCUUUUUGUGGUAGAAAGUACAGAGGAUCCUGCUUACCAUGCUGUAUCACGACUAAUAGCAGAAUUUGAGGAUCAUGUUGAUGCUAAGGUUGUUGUAGCUGGUCUCUCAACAACUUGUAGUCAGAAAAUUCACAAUCAAUUGGUUGGAGUGGAGACAAUGCAUAAAGAUAGCAAGUAUGUAUUGUUUUUGGAUGAUGAUGUUAGAUUACAUCCUGGAUCAGUUGGAGCACUCACUCGUGAGAUGGAAAAGAACCCUGAGAUAUUUAUUCAAACGGGAUACCCUCUUGAUCUGCCAUCGGGAAGUCUGGGGAGUUACUGCAUCUAUGAAUACCAUAUGCCUUGUUCAAUGGGUUUUGCCACUGGUGGAAAAACAUUCUUUUUGUGGGGAGGGUGCAUGAUGAUGCAUGCUGAUGACUUUAGGCUAGAUCGUUAUGGUGUAGUCUCAGGACUUAAAGAUGGUGGAUAUUCUGAUGAUAUGACUCUUGCAGCCAUAUCCGGGGCUCACAAAAGGCUCAUUACAUCUCCUCCUGUUGCUGUCUUUCCUCAUCCCCUUGCUAGUGACCUUAAUUUUGGAAGAUAUUGGAAUUACUUGAGGAAGCAAACAUUCGUUUUGGAGUCCUAUACAACAAAUGUUAACUGGAUAAUGAAUCGUGCAUUGUUUACUACUCACUGUUAUUUAUCAUGGGGAUUUGUAGCACCAUAUUUUAUGGCGAUGAUUCAUGUUGCUGCAGCCUUAAGAUUUUACAAUAAAGAGUUCUCACCUGAAGAAAUGACCUACAAUUCUGGUGGGUUGUUAUUGGUGACCAUCCUAGCCAUAUGCACUCUUGUUGAACUUCUUUCAAUGUGGAACUUGACACGGAUAGAAGUCCAACUGUGCAACAUGUUGUCUCCAGAGGCACCACAACUCUCUCUUGCAUCUUAUAAUUGGAGUCUUGUGUUCAUCGCAAUGCUGGUGGAUAACUUUCUAUAUCCCAUAUCUGCCUUCCGCUCUCAUUUUUCUCAAUCUAUCAAUUGGUCUGGUAUUCGGUACUAUUUGAAAGAUGGAAAAAUUAGCAAGAUUGAAAGAACUCAAAGAAGCAAGGAUAUGAGUCCAGUUUUCACAGAUUUGGGAGGAAAACAUUUAUACGGAAAGAAAGGGAUGCCUACUAGAGGGUCAUUCCUCAGUUCUUUGUCCAGAAGUUUGGCACAAUGGCAUCAACCCAAGAAAUUUGAUAACUAG